AUGACUUCAAUUGCUUCCUCAGAAACAGGGCCCUUGACUGUUGAGCCACUGUCGGAGCGCAACGUCUCAAGAAUCCCGCUUAUCCUCCCUCACGAGCGCGUAUUUCCCAUCCAGAUCGGCAGCGAGUUGUUUAAGCUCUCGGGAGCUUCAUUGUCCUCUGAUGCCCCGUCUUACUUCUCUCAGUACUUUGUCUGUCAAUUAGAGUCAGCAAAGGAACGAAAGGACGAGUCGAGCUCAUCCCUCAGAACGCUCUACAUCGAUCGCGAUCCUUCCAUCUUUCGCGAUAUCUCGCUCCAUCUUCAGGGCUACCAUGUCCAACCCCGCGAUGGCGAGCACUUCGUGCGCCUCUUUUCAGAUGCGCAAUUCUACAGCUUGCCGAAACUCAUCUCCCAGCUCUACGAGGAGAGCAUCUUCAUCUCCAUUGGACAUCGCGAAUUUCAGAUCCCCAGAGAAAUUUUUAAAGACCCCGGCAACUCUCCCAAUUACUUCUCUCUUGGCUUUGCAGCGUUCUUCUCUCGCCCCGACGAUCUCUUCCCCGGCCUUGAACGCGAAGGCCUGAUCCGCCCACCGUCAAUUCUGCCCCCAUCGGUCCCAAAGCGUAGCGCUGAUACCUUCGCCGAGCUUCUACAUUUUCUACGCGGAUAUCCCAUUCACAUUCGCGACGAGACGCACCGACAGGAACUUCUCAGCGAUGCGCGCUACUUUCACUUCAAGGGUCUUGAGCAACGACUCAUUCCACACUCGUUGAGCUACAAUCAAGCAACAAGACGAAACGAGAUUGUCCUUCGUCUUGAAAACAUCCAAAAGAGCGGCAUUAGCGUUUUUGUUAGCAAUACAGAUCCUUUAGCGGGCUUUGUACAAUACGCUCGACCAUACAUGGAGGAGAAACCGGCAGAGCUAAUGCUCGAGAUCGGUGGCGAGACAACGAAACUUCAUUUCUCGGGAGGCGAUGCAAAAGCAGAGUUCUUCAGAGACACCAAAGCGCGUGUCGCAAAACUCUUUGAACUAGUAUCGUCAAAGCUGAACUCGUUUCAGACAAAUCAGUCCACAGCUCUUGGAAACACUCUACUGACGGAGGAUUAUGUCCGUGUAGUCCUCGAGCCUGAAUCUGCCAUUAUUCUGGACGGCAAGGACUAUCUCGAAGAUUUCAUCAGAAACGAGUCUUCCGGAAGCAAUUACCCGCGCAAACGACGACGCGUGGAUGGAGACUCUGAAGAUGAGGAAUGGGUUGUGAAAACAGGACAGUGGAGAUUACGCAUUCAGUAUUCGCCAAAUGGUAGAGGCGUCGAGUGUGUUCUCGUUGCGACCAAACUAGAUGCGAUGUCGUCGCAGUUGGCACGGAAUAUGUCAAGGGGCUUCUUGGGAAGCUAA